GUAGAAACCUUACUGUUGUGAGUUUCUCGGGACUACAAAUCCCUUUCGCACUCUCGCGUUCCAUUGUCGGAUUGAUAGUAGCGCAUUGGUUAUCCGGGGAUAUUGCACUCGCUCUCUUUUUUUUCUCCAGAGUGACACAAUAGUGAAUCCAAGAUGGCUGAACUAGGAACGGGGAUCUUACACGGGGGGGACUCCUCUCUCAAUUAUCAGGAACAAGAACUGAACGAGAGACUAAAGCAGUUGUAUCCAGCAGUCAACGAGGAAGAAACUCCUUUACCUCGGUCUUGGAGCCCAAAGGAUAAAUACAAUUAUAUCGGGCUGUCACAGAACAAUCUGCGGGUGCAUUACAAAGGUCAUGGAAAAAAUCACAAAGAUGCUGCAUCAGUUCGUGCUACACACCCCAUCCCUGCAGCUUGUGGCAUUUAUUAUUUUGAAGUUAAGAUUGUCAGCAAAGGCAGAGAUGGGUACAUGGGAAUAGGAUUGUCAGCACAAGGUGUGAACAUGAACAGACUUCCUGGUUGGGACAAGCAUUCAUAUGGGUACCAUGGAGAUGAUGGUCACUCAUUCUGCUCCUCUGGUACAGGACAGCCAUAUGGUCCUACCUUCACAACUGGUGAUGUCAUCGGGUGCUGUGUAAACCUUAUCAACAAUACAUGUUUCUACACUAAGAAUGGACAUAGUUUAGGUGUAGCAUUUACAGAUCUUCCUCCAAAUCUUUACCCAACUGUGGGACUCCAGACACCAGGAGAAAUUGUUGAUGCCAACUUUGGGCAGCAGCCAUUCGUGUUUGAUAUAGAAGAUUACAUGAGGGAGUGGAGGGCAAAGAUUCAUGGCACAGUGGAGCGCUUUCCUGUUGGAGAUCGACUAGGAGAAUGGCAAACCAUGUUGCAGAACAUGGUAUCAUCCUACCUGGUGCAUCACGGAUACUACACUGCAGCAGCUGCAUAUGCCAGAGCAACAGAAACUGCUAUCCAGGAAGAACAGACUUCAAUUAGAAACAGACAAAGAAUACAGAAGUUAGUGUUAGCAGGAAGACUGGGAGAAGCAAUAGAAGCAACACGUCAGUUAUAUCCAGGCCUGCUGGAACACAAUCCUAACCUACUUUUCUUAUUAAAGUGUCGACAGUUUGUAGAAAUGGUGAAUGGAACAGACAGCGAAGUUCGUUGUUUUAGUGUACGUAGCCCUAAAUCACAAGAUAGCUAUCCUGGUUCUCCUAGUUUGAGUCCCAGGCAUGGCACCAAUAUUGCACAUAUUCACAAUACAGCCGCUGAUAGCCCAAGCUGCAGCAAUGGUGUAAUUUCAACAAAAAACAAACCAGGUCAUAGUAAAUACCAAGCACUGAGCUCAUCUUCCUCAUCAUCCUCAUCCUCUUCCCCUUCUUCAGUCAAUUACUCCGAGUCCAACUCAACAGACUCCACAAAAUCACAGCAACACAGUAGUACCAGCAACCAAGAAACCAGUGACAGUGAAAUGGAAAUAGAAGGGGAAGUUUAUGCUAAUGGAGUCUUGGAUAACACUUCCACUAGAAUAAUGAAUGGCACUUACAAACAUGAAGAAAUUCUACAGAAUGACGAGUCCAGUAUGGAAGACAGCUGUCCUCAGAGACAACUUUGUGGAGGAAACCAGGCUGCCACAGAACGUAUGAUUCAGUUUGGCCGCGAGUUACAAUCCCUGAGUGAACAAUUGACUAAAGACUUCGGGAAGAAUGCUGCUCACAAAAAGAUGCUCCAGGAUGCCUUUAGCUUGUUGGCAUACUCAGACCCAUGGAACUGCCCUGUCGGACAGCAGUUGGAUCCAAUCCAGAGGGAACCCAUCUGUGCUGCCCUGAACAGUGCUAUAUUAGAAUCGCAGAACCUGCCAAAGCAGCCUCCAUUGAUGUUUGCACUUGGCCAAGCCACUGAGUGUUUGCGAUUAAUGGCACAUGUGGGGUUAGGCUCUUGUUCUUUUGCCAGAGUGGAUGACUAUUUGCACUAGCAAUUGCAGACAUGGGAAGGCCACUUUCACUGCUGCCCUUCACUUCCUUUGUCACCAGAGACUACCUGCUCAAGAACAAUGGUCGCAGUAUCGGGCAUCCUUCCCCCACAAACUGCUGACUGGUGGACUCGUAACACAUCAUUUCAUUUCUUCUGGUGUUGCCCUCACUGUGUAUACAUGACUUUUCAACAAGUUAAGUUGCAAUUUAGAAAAAUGCAAGUCAAAGAAAUUUCAGUUCAUUUGCUAAUGUGACAAGUUGCAUUUGGUAUUUUUUGACAGAUCCACCAGCACAUAUACAAAUAUUUAUAUAUGAUAAGUAUUGGGGGAGUGGAGAGAAGUGUAUUUGAGCUGGUUUCUGCUAGAUGGUGAUAAAGCUCUCCAGUCUGAAGACAUCAUAUCUUGUUUUGUAAUAAGUGAAUGGAUAGUAUGUCCCUUCUGCAUACCUCUCAAACUGCCCCUGCUGUUUGGGGAUAUACUGCACCAAAAUAUUCCUUUGUCCUGCCAAAAAUGGUCAUUUUUGUCCUAAAACGCAGAGACCUGAAGCACAAGUUAAGUGUCAGACAUUAAUGUUUCUGACUGGCUUGCAAUCCUCUUAAUCAUAAGCAACAUUCUCCUUUACUUUUAGGAGUUAAUUUUAAGAAGGUGUUCUGUUUUUUAUGCUUUGUUAAUCAUUUAAAUAGAGGGAGCUGAUAAAUAUGCCUUACCCGUUUGUUUGAAAUGAUUUUUUAUCUGGGUCCAUUUAAAAAAAUACAGGUAUCCCUUUCGCAAA